AUGAACCAAGUGGCAGUCGGUGGUCGAUGUUAUGCACUGGCUCGAAUGGGUGAACCGUGUGCCUACACACAGCAAUGCGUUGACAAAUUAUACCCCUCACUUCAGUGCCUGAAUGGUUAUUGUAUUAUUCAGAUGAACGAUAAUCCAAGACCAGUAUGUAAGGAUCCGAAUGCUAAAGUGGAGUAUAUGAAUGACAGUAUCACGGUAAAGAACUGCCUAUAUUGGCCUUGUACAGUUGGCUACUUCUGCGAGUACAAUCCCUUUUAUAACAAUGGCCAGUAUAUCUGCUGCGGCAGCAAUUCUAAUGACAUUUAUGGUCAGGGGGUGAUAAGAGUCAUGCUUGUUUCUCUUGUCCUUUAUGUGUACAUACGAGGCCAAUAA